CAUCCAGCUAGAGUCCACAAUCGCGCGUUUCUGCUGUCUAAUUAAACACAUCACUUAGUAUCUACACCGUUCAUUUCUUCCACGUCUUCGAUCCAUGUGCCUCCAGAUCUAACGGUCCGCACACCCUUAGAAAAAACAAAUCUGAUUCGGUCUCUAACCCUCGAACCGGAGUCGAACCCUACCAAUUCCACUAGCGGUUAAGCACCGACCUAGAGAGAGACAAUUAAGAGAGAGAGAGAGAGAGAGAGAGAGAGAGAGAGAGAGAGAGAGAGAGAGAGAAUUCUCUCGAGCAAGAACAGGAGAGAAAGCAGACAGAAAGUAAUAGAACAGAGAGGGAGAAAGGAGAGAGUGAAGCUAUUCCUUCAUCCGAAUCUCUACAGUUUCUAUAUUUGUUUAGUUUUCUCUACGAUAAUUUGUAUGUUCAAUGGAUACAGUCCGCAGACCCUAGGGCUUCAAUUUCUUCAAUGGACGAAAUUUGGGAGAGAGCCGUUGAAACGGCGAUCGACGGCAAAACUGAUGCAUCUCCGGUCCGGUCGCUAACCCUGGACGGCGCUGUGAAAUGCUACAGUGGCGGUCUACCACCGCCGACACUUCUCGAGAAAUUCCAAAAUCUCGAACACCUAUCAAUCGCCAACGUCGGGUUGUCGUCGCUCGAGAAAUUCCCGAGACUUGGAAAUCUCCAGCGACUGAUUCUCUCCGACAACAGAAUCUCCGGUGGCCUCGAAUUCCUCGUUGAAGCGAAUCUCCAGUCGCUUCGGGACUUGGAUUUGUCGAACAAUCGGAUUCAGUACUUCGAGGACUUGGCUCCUCUGGCUCGGCUCAAGCUAGUUUCGCUGGACUUGUAUGAGUGUCCUGUGACGAAGAUUAAGGAUUAUAGGGCUAGGGUUUUUGGAUUGAUUGAGACGUUGAAGUACUUGGACAAGCUAGAUUUUGACGAGAAUGAAGAGGACGAUGAAGAUGAAGACGAGGAAGAUGAUGGUGAAGUUGACGGUGAGGAUCGAUCGAGGUCGGGGGGUGUUGGUAGUAGCAGGGGUGGCGAUGGAGUGAUUGAUGUUGAUGAGGAUGAGAGUGAAGAAGAUGGAGUUGUUGGCCUCGAAAACGGGGAUGUCGAAGAUGAUGAUGAUUUAGAGGACGUUGAUGUUGAGGAGAGUGGUGACGAUGAGGUUGUGGAGGUUCAUGAGAUUGAUGAUAGUGACGAGGAAGAAGGGGUCGAAGAGGAUGAUGAUGAGGAGGAUGAUGAUGGUGAUGAAGAAGUGGAAGAUGAAGAGGAGGAUGUGAGGCCCGGGAUUGAAGGCCGGGGAAUCGGUAAUGGUGGGGAAAUUGAUGGGCAUGAGCAAGGUGAGGAGGACAGUGAUGAUGACGGUGAGUAUGAGGAAGAAGACGGUGAGGACGAGACAUAUUUUGGUUACAGUUGUGACUCACCAGUCACCACUGCAAAAAUUGGAGGAAGCUUCACUGUUGUGGCAUUUUUGGUUGGGGUGGGCAGCAAACAUUGGAAGAAGCUUUCCAUAUCCGCCCAGUUAGGCGUGCAGAAGAAGAUGGUGAAGCAAGUGAUGUGGACCCUGAAAAUGAAGUAGAUGAUGUUGUUGAAGUGGAGGAAGAGGUUGAAGAUGCGGUGCAACUACCCAGAGAAGCUCAGCUACCCUCUUCUUCCCAGUCCCGUCUCAAGAGGAAGAGAGAUGAAGAAAAUGACGGUGCCGACAUCAGCGAUGAUGAAAGCGUUGAGGAUGUCUCAUUGAAGCCUCAUUAACAACAGAGUUUUGAGGGUGUCUGGAUGAAGGCCCCCUAGAGUUGACAGUUGACACCACCUCACGGCCCUAUAACGUGGGAUGCUUCACCUAUUACUCAGAAGGAAGCUGGAGGAAAAAGGGAAGGUUUUGACUGGGGUUUUAUAGGGAAAGCCAUAUAUAUAAAAAUAUGUUUCGGGGACGCACGAGGAAAAAGAUUUCAUCCUUUGUGGAUGGUUUUUAUUAAAUUGUUCAAAAAGCAGUUGGAUCUUUGUCAGCACAUGCCUUUCCACUUCAAUAGCCGUUGCUUAUUAUUCAAA